CUCGUCCUCUUCCGGGUGUUUUCGAAAAGACUUUCACUGAGCAGUGGAGGGACUCAGUAUGCUCGAAUGAUACAAACAUUAACUCCAACUCAAUCAAGAUCAUUUAUAUGAAAAGAUCCGUGCAGCGACAAAGAGAGCGGUUGUAAACGUAGUGCAGGAAUGUCAGAAGCUAGUUUUGAGUCAGAGAAGAAUGCCUCACAGGAUAAUGAGUUGGACCCGAAAGAACAGGGCCCUCAAAAUACCGCUGACUCUCAGAGCCAGUCAGAGGCUAGUGAAAACAGCCUGGAUGAAACACACAUGACUGAAAUUGACAUCAAUGAAAACAAGGAAGCUGGAAACCACAGCCAUAUUGUGAAUGAUGAUGAUGGUGAUGAAGAUGAUAAUGAGGAUCAGGCCAAGACAAAAUCUAGAGAAGUCCUUAAAGACGUAAAGGAAAAUGCUGAUGUUAAAAGUACCAGCAGUGUGGCAUCUGUGAAGACAGAAGCUGAUGUUAAGGAGGCUAUGGCAGAUGAGGCCCACAGAAGCCCAGCUGCUCAAAUCUCAGUCACCAGAAACGGAGAGUCCGACAGGAGUCAUGAGGAUGUGUUUCAGAGGGAUGUGCCAUAUGGUUUCUCCUCUGGACCAAUGAUGUCACACUCCCACAAUUCACCUGAGAACUAUGCAGUGAAUGAGGGAGUGGUCGAGGUGGGGCCAUACACAGGUGCUUUAAGAGAAGAGCAAAAUGCUGGAGCUGUGGUCCUUGCUGAUGACAUGAAGAGUCCUGCCAUUGAAAAACUGGAGCUGGUGAGGAAGUGGAGCAUCAACACAUACAAAUGCACUAAACAGAUCCUAUCAGAGAAGUUAGGUCGUGGUUCCCGUACGGUAGAUCUGGAGCUGGAGGCUCAGAUCGAGAUUCUUCGUGACAAUAAACGCAAGUAUGAACAUGUGAUCAAACUGGCCCAGACACUUGUCUCUCAGCUGGGACAGAUGAUGCUGACGCAGAGACAACUUGGAGACGCAUUUGCUGAUCUCAGUCUCAAGACACCAGAGCUACAUGAGGAAUUUGGCUACAAUGCCGACACCCAGAAACUUUUGGCAAAAAACGGAGAUACUCUUUUAGGAGCUAUUAACUUCUUCAUCUCCAGUGUUAAAACUCUAGUGGACAAAACCAUAGAGGACACCUUGAUCAACAUUAAGCAAUAUGAGACCGCAAGGAUUGAGUAUGAUGCGUAUCGCACAGAUUUAGAAGAGCUCAAUCUGGGUCCACGGGACGCCAACACACUGCCCAAGAUUGAGCUGUCUCAACAGCUGUUCCAGAUUCACAGAGAAAAAUAUGAAAAGAUGCGUAAUGAUGUCUCGGUCAAACUUAGGUUUCUAGAAGAGAACAAGGUGAAGGUUUUACACAACCAGCUAAUUCUCUUCCAUAAUGCUAUCGCAGCAUACUUCGCUGGCAACCAGCAGCAACUGGAACAGACCCUCAAACAGUUCAACAUCAAACUAAAGUUACCAGGAGGAGAUGCCCCCUCUUGGUUAGAAAGCAGCACCGACUGAUCCCCCUUCCCCAAAGUAGUAUCUGAGCGGAUGGCAGAAUGCUUGAAAGAUGUACACUCCAUAAGAAAACCAAAAUGUUUUGCUAUCAUUCCUUUCCGUUUUUUACUCCGUUCAGGACACUAAACCUAUCAGGAAAAUGUUUAAGACAGGAAACCAUUUUGAUAAAGAAGAGCAAUGUAUUGCCCCUCUUUAUGCUAUGUCUGACUUGACACUUGACAUUUAAUUUUAAAUAAAUGCUUUUUGGCUUCACUGAGAGAGUUUACACUCUCUCUUGUGCAACAUAAAAUAAUCUUGUUUCGCUAUCAAUUUGCCAGCACUUUAUGCUAUAGGAAAAACAAACAAAUUAAAAGAAAGAAAUGACAAUUCAGAACCAAACUGGUAUUUGGCUAAAAACUGCUAUCAGCUCUUUUUAGUUGAUAAUAUGAAACAAUUAUAGACUUAAGUCUAAAAUGUUCCUAUUUUCUCAUUUGUAGACUUCAGUAGUGCCCACCUCUCCCUAAUCUUUAUUUUCUAAUAAAACCACAUAAUUGGAAGUUUUGUAAAUCUAAAAAGGAAGGUGGAACCGAAUAGGGGAUAAGGAUAGUAAUGUAGUACAGACUUGCAGCAGUUCCAGUAUACUUUGUUAACUGUUGUAUAAGAGGGAAAGAAUGGGAUAAUCACAGGUUAAAAAUGUCUAAGCUUUAAUCUUUAAUAGUUGCUGUACAUUUUUAAAGUGAAUUUAUUUUAGAGUGCAUGGGAAAUUUAUGAGGUUUAAUUUCUGACUCAAUGUGCCUUUCUCUGUAAAAUCGAAUUCGGUGUUGGCAGGUGUUCUGAUUACUAUUUUACAGACCACAGAAUGGACCAAAACACACCUACUUGCAACCCUGGAUAAUCACACAAAGAUAUUUUAUUUUCAAUGCUUACCUAUGUGCAAGAUAAGCAACUUCUAUUUAAUCUGCACUUGAAACAAUCUCUUUUAUAUGUUUUUAGAAGUAAUCACUUUUUGCAUUCCAUUUCCUCAAUCAGGACGCUGUUUUUUAUUAAAUAUAAACCAAAUUGACUUGACACAUUGUACAGUACCUUGUCAGCUGCUUCUGUUGUUAAUGUUUUUGUUUAGGAUUUGUUUUUUAACCUUUCCUAAACCAAAAGAGCUCUUUAAUUCACUACUCUCAGAUUACUACAUUGUCCAAUCAAACUCAUAAAUCUAAAACUCUCUAUUUAUACUAUAUUAAACUAGUAUCUGCACAGAUAUUAAUUGCAUGUUCACAUAGUAGAUUUUGGCAUUCAAAGAUUUCUAGCAUGAACCACGGACCUGUUUUACCAACUUUUUAUUUAAUUUACUGUUGUUUGUAACUUAGUUCUGUUCCAGCAGCAAACACACACCAAUGUACAGUAAAUAUGUAAGAGCUCACAUGUAUAGGCAUAGAAACACAUCUAUAUAUUUGCAAAAUAUUGUAUUUUACAUUGGUAUAAAAUAUUUCUUUUUUAAUAUUUGUUAAGUGAUGAAUUCAAGCGUUUGAAAGAAAAAUCCUAAAUGUUGUUUAUGGGAGAUUUUUUCCAUUAUUGAAUCAUUUAUUCGAUUUAUUUAUAUUCAUCCUAUACUUGCAUCUUGCACACCUUUAAAAUUCAAACAUGUUGUGGCAAAUUACUAUGAUCAUGAUUUAGCAUAAGCCUGAAUAUUUCCUACAGAGGGCACUGUUCCGUUUCAUACAAGUUCGAUUCACUUGAUUCACAUUGAUCAAAUGAUGCUGUGAACGGGAAGUGUUUUUUAAUAAAGGAAAUGGUGCCUUAA